AUGGAGUGGUGCAAAGUCGUUGCAGACCUAAAAGGUCCUAGAAUUGCAUACUGUAAAGGAAGAAACAAGCUAGACUGCGGUCUUAUAAAUAUGCUUAUGGCUGUUGCUGAAAUAGUAAAUGCGCUAGAAGAAGCAAAAGAGAAAGUUCUUGGUUUUUUAGAGACUUUGAAGAAACAAAAUGGAGAAUUGAACGAUGAAUUAUGUGGUGAAAUUCAAGAGUACACAGAAGAAUUGCUGAAGCAACUAUCAAAAACAAAAGAUAUAGAAAUACUGUUUUCUGAUCUUAAAAGUGAACAAUAUAAUAACGGAAGGUACGAUGUAUCUGGAGCCAUUACUAUAGAAUUUUAG